AUGGCUUUUAAGUAUCCCCGAUUUGAGCCGUAUGGGGAUAAGCUGAUCCGAUGGAUGGAAAAUGCCAAUGAACCUGGAUGCCCGAUCCCCAUGAGUACACUCAAAUUGGAAACUCUGCAACGACCUCUCUGGACCGAUGAGCACGAAAGAGAAUGGUUAUCACCAGAAUAUAUCGCCUCUAUGGUGGGUCUUGGUCUUCCAGUUGGAGAUCUAAUUCCACAUACUCCAGAUCCCACACAGUCCCCGUCUUUCCGACACUCGAUCAUCAAGACUAAAGAAGGAAUUACGGCACUGGUUUCGACGAUGGGACCAGGCGUCUUUUUCCUCUAUUCUAUGAGAAGACUCCAUGGGUCGAACGAUCCGUAUGUGUCGGAGCUUAUCAAGCUUGCCUAUGAAACACACUUUCGGUUGGACAGUCUGAAGUAUAUAUUUAUGGACGAAGUACAGGAAUGUGAGACUGAGCCAUUUAUAGAGGAACAGAUUUACCCUUCCCAAGAAGGACUUGGCUAUCCUUCUGCAAAGACUCAAACCUGGAACCGCUCCUCGCCAGAGUUUAGCGCUAUUAUGGGUACGCCUGUGGGUAAGGUUAUUGCAUAUUUUAUUCUAGGUACGUAUGGCCAGGGUGUAAAACGGAUUGGACGAAUUGCUACUUUCCACACUGCUCUUGAUCUUCACAAACUACAUAUUCGUUUCGAUGUUGAGGAUGUUUGA